AUGGGGCAGCCAGCUGAUGGGAAGACGCUGCAGCUGUCAGAGGCGGUGGAGCUUGUUACCGGCCUGCCCCUGAAAGAGGUGUAUGACUGGCUGUCUGAUCACCAGCUCAACCAGGCCGCACCUGUGGAUCUGCGCCGAGUGAAGCCCGACUCGGCGCUGCUGGAAGAGGUGUUCCUCGGCACGCGUCCUGUGCAAGGGCUUGCUGAUGCUGAGGUGCGGGCUCUACACUAUGCAGUUCCAGCCCUCGACGUUGCUGGGCAGCCCGGUGCUGGUGUGUCAACGGCAACGGCUGAUGAUGUUGGCACCAUCCGGAGCGGCCUGCAGAAGAAAGCGGCGGGCAAGUGGACGCUCAAGUAUGUCUGCUCCCAUGCAUCCAAGUGCAGCUGCCCGUACACGCUGGAGUUGCGGCAUCCGGCUGGCAGCGAGGUGGUGAGCGUGUGGCAAACAGCGCCCCACCAGUUCCAUGACCCCACCAGCGCCGACAGCCAGGCCCAGCUCCGCAUGCACCCCCGCCUGGAGGCGAUGGCCACCGUGAUGAUCGAGAGUGGCGCCACGCCCACGUCCAUCUGCACACGGCUGAACAACAUGGUGCAUGAUCCGGCCGACCCGCUGGGCCUCGGGGGCGGGACUACUGGGCUGCAGCACUUCAGCAGCGCCCGUGUUAGCAUCAUCCCGCGGCAGAUCUAUGUGCUGAUAAAGAAGCUGCGGCGUGCUGAAGGCUUGGGCCUCACCAGCGACGUGCAGGCGAUGGCGGUUCUGAUUGAUGAGCUGAGAAGGGAGGGCUCUGUGUUGUUCUACCAGCCCUACAAACAGGCUGGCAGGCGCAGCGGGGAGCAGCCGCUGGUGAUUGUGAUGCAAGUGUCCUUCCAGGCGCGCAUGCUGGACCAGUUUGGGCGGCGGCUGGUGUUCAUGGACGCCACGUUUGGCGUCAACAAAUACGGCUACCCACUCUACGCGUUGGUGGUGCAAGAUGAGAGCGGGCGCGGGGUGCCGGUCAGCUUCAUGGUGUGCAGCUCGGAUACGGCGGAGGUGGUGGAGCACUUCCUGCGCACAUCGAUGGAAGGGGCACAGGCGGCAGGGGAUGGCACCUUCAAGUACAAGUCUAUCAUGAUCGACAAGUCGAAGACGGAGAUUGCAGCGGUGGACCAGCUGGUGUCCACCGGGCAUGCCGAAGGAUACCUGCUCUGCUACUUCCACUUCCUGCAAGAUUGGGAACGCUUCCUCAGCAGCGGCGACGCGGGUGUGCCUAAGGCUGAGCGGCACCGCAUCAUGCUGGCGCUGGCUCGCCUAGCCCACAUGCAAGACCAAGCGCCGUUCAAACAAGAGCUGGCCUUCUUCAUCUUGAGCAACAGCCAGCAGCACCUCCCGGUGGCGCAGCGCAUGCACAGCAGCUGGGUUCCGUGCGCCGAGAAGUGGGCGUGGUGGGGGCGGCUGGACGUGCUGGACCUGCAGUGCAACACAAACAACCUCGGGGAGCGCAAUUUUGGCCUCAUCAAGUACACCGACCUGGAGCGCAGGGCGCAGCUGACGCUGCACGAGCUGCUGCUGGCGCUGCUGACAAAGACAGUGCCCCGCAACAUCCAUAACCGCGCCCACAUGCUGGCGGGGCGGGUGACCAGCGACCAGCAGCAGCGCGAGCAAAGGGCAGCACUGUGGGUGCAAAAGCUGGUGGAACGCGGUGCGGUGGUGCCAGCAGCGGAUAGCAGCACCCCAGGGCUCACGCUGGUGCAGCAAGGAGAAGAUGCGCCGCCCGUGCACUCGUGUGUGGGCGAUCUCAGCUGCUCCUGCGGCUACAGUGCGGAGCAUGUGUGCGUCCACGUGCGGGCAGCCGCUGAGGUCGUCGGCUACACACACAAGCUGCGGCUGGAGACGGCAGCGCACCUGGUGGAGGCUGGGCUGAUCCAGGUGGACGAGGGGACAGGCAUCUGCACCACCUCCACGCUGGCCGACAUCACCAAGGCGGUGCACUGCCGGCCGCACGAGGGUGCCUGCACCUGCCACGGACAGGCCCAGCACGGCAUCUGCUGCCACCUGCUGGCUGCCGCGAAGCUGCCAUUCUUUGUGGGAGCAGAGCUGCCGAUGGUGGUGCAGCUGGCAACGCCAGAAGAAGCAUCCGAGAAGAAGCGCCGCACAGAGGCGGCAGUGGGGGCGGCGGUGUAG